AUGCAUCCUCAUCUACACACCGAAGAAGUUCAAAAGAACUGCGCAGAUGUCGUCGCAGCGCUAGAAGAAUGCCACAACCAAGGCUUCCUCUGGAAAGUGACGGGCAAUUGCACUGACGCGAAAUACAAAGUCAACAUGUGCCUGCGCGGGCUGCGACUUGAGAAGACAAAGGCGAAUCGCGAGGCGGCUAAGGAGAAGAGGGAGAGAAUACAGAAGGUGUGGAAGGAGUUGGACGAGAACAAAUGA